AUGCUCAGGAAGGCUCUGGGAGCAGUACAAACAACUCCAUUAUACAUGCUCCACUUCGACACCGCAGUGUUGUCGUCAACCGAGAGGCUUCGCAUGAGAAAUGAAUCUUACCUGUUGAGAACGCUCACUCGACCUAGCGAUCACCCCGCACACGUCAUCACCGCAAGCAUUCUGCGGAGGUUAAGGAAGAAGUUCGUCUCGCCCUUGAACGCAGUAUUACUCGCCAAACCAAUGCUCGAGGGCCUGAAGGAGAUGGAAACCAUAGUACCUCAUCCUUUCGUGCCAAUAAGGAACGAGCAAAAGCAGAGAAUACGUAAUUAUGCAAUCAAUACAAUACGUCAUGACCCUUCUACACAGAUGGAUCUCUGGCCGAGGGGCAAGUUGCGGCAGGCUAUGCAGCUAAACUUCCACACAGACGAGACUGGAAUAGCUCAUCUUACAAAUGAGGUACUGACAGCCAAUUCACAAUCUACGAAGCAGAGAUAUUGGGAGUAUAUCUCGCUCUAG